AUGGCAGCCUCUCUUCCUACCACCGGUCCGUCGUCAUAUCUACAAUCCAGAACUGGAGUUCCUCGACCUUCCCUCAGGACUUGUGAUGGUAAAGCAACACGAGCCCGAGUUGCAAUGAUGCCUAUAGGGACGCCAAGAGUGCCCUAUAGAAAUCCUACUGAAGGAACCUGGCAAUGGGUUGAUAUAUGGAAUGCCCUUUAUCGGGAACGUGUUAUCUUCAUUGGGCAAAAUAUAGAUGAAGAAUUUAGCAACCAAAUACUGGCAACAAUGUUGUACCUUGAUAGUAUCGAAUCUUCCAGACGGCUGUAUAUGUACAUCAAUGGUCCGGGUGGAGAUGUGA